AUGACGGCCACCGACGUACAGGCGGCCUUUGCGCCCGGCCUGCUCGACGAGGCCACGUCGGCAAAGUACAGCCAGCACUACCAGAACAGCGGGCCCUACAAGCACGCCGUCGUCCCCGAGCUCAUCAACGACGACCUCCUCCGCGCAGCCCGCCAGGAGAUUAUCUCGGAGCUCCGCUUCGCAGAAAAGGAGACCGACAUCUACAAGGUCAACCAGACCGGCGACCUCGCCAACCUCGACGGCCUGCCCGAAGAGGAGGCCAAGCGCCUCACGUCGCUCCUCCGCGUCCGCAACGCAAUCUACUCGGACGAGUUCCGCCAGUGGCUCAUGGCCGUCACCGGCUGCGGGCCCCUCAGCGCAAAGAAAAAGGACAUGUCGAUCAACGACUACCGCGACGGCUGCCACCUCCUCAACCACGACGACGUCAUCUCGACCCGCCGCGUCUCCUACAUCCUCUACCUCCCCGACCCGGACCAGCCCUGGCAGCCCCAGUGGGGCGGCGCCCUCGAGCUCUACCCGGUCAGGAGCAAGGGCACCCCCGACGACCUCCCCAGCAAGGUCAUCCCUCCCAAGUGGAACCAGUACACCUUCUUCACCGUCCAGCCCGGCCACUCGUUCCACUCGGUCGAGGAGGUCGUCAGCCCCACCCAGUCCCGCCUCAGCAUCUCGGGCUGGUUCCACCGCCCCCAGGAGGGCGAGCAGGGCUUCACCGCCGACGACGAGCGCAACGAGGCCGAGGUCGAGCGCGAGAUGAGCAGCCUCGAGAGCCUCUCGGCAAAGGAGAACGCCAAGCAGUUUGUCCCCUAUCCGGAGUCGCUCGAGCCGCCGAUGCCGGGCAACCCGCUGAGCCAGGACGACAAGCGCUUCCUCGUCCAGUUCAUCAACCCGGCCUACCUCGUCGAGAGCACACAGGCCGAGCUGUUUGAGAACUUUGGCGACGACUCGCACGUCCUCCUCUCCGACAUCCUCAAAAAGGACCUCGCCGACGCCCUCGAGCGGGCGCUCCGGCGCGCCGACAGCCGCGACGGCUUCGCCUGGUGGGAAAAAGGCCAAGGCCGCGAUGCGGUCCAGAUCCAGCCCCACGCCGUCGGCACGGACCGCGACGAGGCCGGAAGCGACGAGUCGAAGCAGUGGUCGAUUGCCGGCCCGCCGCACCGUCAGCGCUACACGUUCCUCUCGAAUCCGGUCACGCCCGCGUCGGCGGCGUCCAAGGUUGACGCCGCCGCCUCCUCGGCCAAGAUUCCGGAUCCGUUGCCGACCGAGGCGAGCGAGCUGCUGCGGCUGCUGAGCGAGGUGCUAAUCCCUUCGCAGGCGUUCCGCCGCUUCCUGGCCAACAUUUCGCAGCUGGUGCCCAUGGCGGCGCGGCAGGUCGAGGCGAGGCGCUUCCGCCCGGGCCAGGACUACACGCUGGCGCGCUCCGACCCGGACGCCGUGCUCGAUGUGACGCUCAACCUGACUCCGGACGUCGUCAAGCCGACGAUGGACGAGGAGCGCAAGGGUGGGCCAAAGGGGCUGGCGGGCAAGACGAAGCGGGCCAAGACGAGCAACGGGGCGGCAGCGAGCGGCAGCGGCAGCGGCAGCGACAGCGGCGGAGCCAAGCUGCUGAGCAAGAAGGAUGCCAAGGACCUCGCGGCCAAGUGGAUGAGCGGCGACAUUGGCGGCUGGGAGUGCUACAUGGCGCCGCACGAGGGCGAGGAGGACCCGGCCGUGUACCAGAGUGGGCACAGCGGCAAGAAGAAGGCCGAGGCGGACGAGGCGGGCCAAGGCGACGAGGAGAUGAAGCCAGAGGGCGAGGGCGAUGGCGAGGGAGAGGGAGAAGAGGAGGAGGAGAUGGUCGAGAUGGUCGAGGACGACGGCGACGACGACUCGGACUUUGACGGCGUGCUGCUCAACCUGACGCCGAGCUUCAACACGCUGAGCGUCGUGCUGCGCGACGAGGGGGUGCUGCGGUUUGUCAAGUACCUCAGCGCCUCGGCCGGCGGCUCGCGCUGGGACGUCAUUGGCGAGUUUGAGGUGGGCGCCAUCGAAGAGGACGACGACGACGACGACGAGGGCGACGCCUAG